AUGAGACAACGACGACGAUAUCCUGCUGUGAUAGAUCUGUUUGGUAGCACUGGUUCUUUGAUAGAAUCCAGAGGUGCUUUGUUAGCAUCCCAUGGAUUUAUUACUUUAAGUUUGGCUUAUUUUGGUUAUAAAGACUUACCUUCAGUCAUCACCGAGGUUGAUUUUGAAUAUUUCGAAGAGGCUAUUGAGUGGUUUAUUAACCACGAGCAAGUUUCCAGUGAGAAUGGUAUAGGUGUUUUAGGAACAUCUCUAGGAGGAAUAAUAGCUCUAUACAUAGUGAAACAGUGUCCACAAGUAAGCGCUGUUAUAAGUAUUAACGCUUCGCCAGCCUUCUUUGUUUUUAGCAUCCGCCAUAAUGGUAAACAGCUUCCAAGCUCUUCUCUGGACUAUGGCAGUUUUAAAGUGAAAGAUGAUGGGAGUUUAUUGGCAUUGUGGAAAGUAGAUGAAUCUAAACUGUUUUAUUUCGAUGAGACUUGUCGUAGCAAAGUAUUGUUUCUUAUUAGCGGUGAUGACCAGGUGGUUUAUACAAGUGACUAUUACCUCUGGUUUGACAAGUUAACACCAACCAAGAGAAAAGAUGUUGAAUUUAUUAUGUAUGAGGGUGCAGGUCACCUUUUGGAACCCCCAUACACCCCUCUGUUUCACACUUGUUAUACUGCUUUGUAUGGCCGUCCAACGGUAUUUGGGGGUUAUCCUCGACCACAUGCUGAAGCACAAGAAAAGUCCUGGUUAAAGAUAAGGGAAUUUUUUGCUGAAAAUCUAUAAAAAUUUCAACAGUGAUUUGAUAGUGUAGUUUAUAUUUGUGAUAACGAGAUCAAUAAUGGUUAUAAGGCAGCAAGCUGUCAGAACUGGUAGUGCUCGAGGCAAAAUGCUUGACGGCAUUUUGUCUGUCAGUAUGUUCUGAGUUCAAAUUCCAUCAAGGUUGGCUUUACGUCUCUUCCUUUUGGUAUUGCUAAAAUAAGUACCAGUUGAAACACGGAUCAGUGUAAUUGACUCAUCCCCUCCUCUCAUCGUCUGAUAUUGCUGGCCUUGUACCAAAGAUUGAAAUCGAUAUUAAUGAUUGCAAUGAGGAUGAGAAUCAGAUGAUGACUAUUUUACAACAAUUAUAAUGUUUUUAAUUAUGAAAUAAAGACACAUUUAUAUUGUU